AUGCAGAACAUUAAAGAGCUGCCUACUGAGGAGCUGUUUAUCCGAAUCCUGGAUAUCCUCGACUUUGAAAGAAACAGAGGGCGUCUGGUAAAGUAUUUAGACGCCCAGUCAGCACCAGAGUCAUACGCUGUCAACUUUUGGGCCUACGUUUUCAAGCUUAUCUUUGCCGGGGAUACUUAUUCCAUUGAUCAUGAAGUCCCCCCGGGGAAGUACAACACUCGGCGGCGUAUCGACUUGGUCGUGGAAGAACUCAUGGAAAGGCAGUUCAAACUGAAAUUUCAGGCCAUUCUUUUUGCCGAAGGAAAGAAGAACAAUGCUUCGGAGAAUGACCUUACUAUCGCUGAAUCUCAGGCUUGGACUGGUGCUGAGGAGUUUUAUCAGCUGGGUGAAGGAGCCCCGCAGGCCUUGGCAAUGACUUUUUAUGGUACCCGUGCAAGGUUCUGGUUGUUUGACCACGACAGGCUUGAUACUAUGCUUGAAGAAGUCCUGCCACUGGUCCAAGGAGGAAAGAGUACGUAUCUCGAUAUCAGAGCCAACAAAAGGGCAUUUGCAUCAAUCUUUGCAGCUAUUAUCAAGAAUUCCAUCCCAGAUCUCUUCACGGCUAAACAGAUAGCGGAAAGCAUAAAUAGGCAGCAGGUGUGA